UAUAAUCGUUGCUAUUGUUUCGCAGUGUUUUGGUUUCAUAUAAACAAACCUUUCAAGAUCUCAGAGGGCAUGAUCAGAACCUAAAGACACAUUCUUUCACACAUAAACAGUGUGAUCUCAACCCUGACACAAAAGGGUUGUCUUUGAUUCUGUUUUUCUCCACUCUUUUUAAGGUUUCGGUCGGAAAAAUUUGAUUUUUCACAUACCCUUUACCUCAAAAACCAUGAUUUCAUCGUUGAGACAACCUGGUAUUGUGAUCACUGGUUCUGAUGCCGGUUUAAGGAAAAGACAUGCAACCCUAGUUCAACCACAAUCUUUUCUCCCAUCUUUGGUUGGUGGAAAAUCACAAAGAUCUGUGAUUUCAAUGAAGAAGCCUCUUCAUAUUGCAUGUGCUGGUGUUGGAAAUUUUGGGUCAGUGAAGAAUUUUGAAUUUGAAUCAGAGAAGAAGAGUUUUGAAAAGGGUGAUUUGGUGAAGUGUGAAGCUUAUGAAGCUGAUAGAUCAGAGGUUGAAGGAGCAGAAACACCUUCAGAGGCUGCAAAGAAAGUGAAAAUUGGGAUAUAUUUUGCAACUUGGUGGGCUUUGAAUGUUGUGUUUAAUAUUUACAACAAGAAGGUUUUGAAUGCUUACCCUUACCCUUGGCUUACAUCAACUCUCUCACUUGCUUGUGGCUCUCUUAUGAUGUUGAUCUCUUGGGCCACUAGGAUUGCUGAAGCUCCUAAGACUGAUCUUGAAUUUUGGAAGACUUUGUUCCCUGUUGCUGUUGCACACACAAUUGGACAUGUCGCGGCUACGGUUAGUAUGUCCAAAGUGGCUGUGUCGUUUACACAUAUCAUCAAGAGUGGCGAGCCUGCUUUUAGUGUUCUGGUUUCGAGAUUUAUCUUGGGUGAAACCUUCCCCGUGCCAGUCUAUCUGUCUUUAAUUCCAAUCAUUGGUGGAUGUGCACUUGCUGCUGUGACUGAACUCAAUUUCAAUAUGAUUGGUUUUAUGGGGGCUAUGAUAUCAAAUCUGGCAUUUGUGUUCCGCAACAUCUUCUCGAAAAAGGGGAUGAAGGGAAAGUCUGUUAGUGGAAUGAAUUACUAUGCUUGUUUAUCUAUUUUGUCCCUUGCAAUUCUCACACCCUUUGCAAUUGCUGUGGAAGGACCAGCAAUGUGGGCUGCUGGAUAUAAAACAGCUCUCGCUGAAAUUGGACCCCAAUUCUUAUGGUGGGUAGCAGCUCAGAGUAUAUUCUAUCAUCUAUACAAUCAGGUGUCUUACAUGUCGUUGGAUGAGAUCUCUCCCCUAACAUUUAGCAUUGGAAACACCAUGAAACGUAUAUCUGUCAUAGUAUCUUCAAUUAUCAUCUUCCAUACACCAAUUCAGCCUGUCAAUGCUCUUGGAGCCGCAAUUGCUGUCUUCGGGACCUUCUUAUACUCUCAGGCAAAACAAUAGAAUUUGCUAACAGAAAGAGGGAUUUGUUUGUUACUCUGUCAUUUUCAAACCUACAAGGUUAUUUUGGAACAUGUGGCUGCUGGAUUUUUGUAAGACUAGGAUGAUCCGGCUUUUAGUGCAUGUAGAUAAUAAUACUAAUAAUCAGAAUAAUCCUGCUGAGAAACAUUAUCAUAAACAGAUGAUUAGUGAGAUUUUUGUUAUUUUAAUUUCUGCAAUGCCAAUGGAUUGAAAUAAAUGUUCCUGUUUAUAGAGGCUGAGAAUAAUAAUUUCUCAAAACAUUGUUUACUAUAAAGGAGUUUUAUUUAUGAUAUAUGAUGUGUGUGUGACCUA